CAUUUCUUAUACAGAUAUACCAGUACCAGUUCCUUUUCCAGCGAGUUCUAGAAAGCAGGAGAAGCAGGCCGACGGAAGAAAAAGGGAAACAACGGUUCCCGGCAGAAUCACCGAAAAUUCACCGGCGCAAGCUUGCCGUUCUUCGAGCCGGAGCAAUAGCGAAGAAUCGAUGGAGAAACCGUCACCACCGUCGUCGCCAUCGUCGAGCUCCUUCGACGGUUCCAAAGAGCUUCAGUGCGUUGGUAGGUUGGAAAUAGUCCGGCCGAAGCCGGUGGGUUUCCUCUGCGGUUCCAUCCCUGUGCCGACUGAUAAAUCUUUCCACGCCUUCGAUUCGGCUCUGGUUCCUUCGCGCCAGAAGGUGAGUGCGCCAAGGUACAGAAUGCUUCCAGCGGAGACCGAUCUCAAUACUCUUCCAGUAGUCUCCAACUUACCGGAGAAGGUUCUUCCAAUCGGCGCAGUACAGUGUAAAACCACCGGAGAACUGCUUUGGGAAGGAGAUGCUUUUUCAUCAAACAUGAGUAGGAAAUGUGAGACCCUUGCUGUAACUGGUCUGGUUGAAUAUGGAGAUGAGAUUGACGUGAUUGCUCCGGCUGAUAUUCUGAAGCAAAUCUUCAAAAUGCCCUAUUCCAAAGCCCGAUUGUCAAUUGCAGUGCGUCGUAUUGGACAGACUCUUGUUUUGAAUUCUGGGUAUGCAUUUCUUCCAGAGCUCGUUUGCUUCUAUUCUGAACUAUUAUAACACUUCAACUGCCCUAUGGUUUGCAGACCUGAUGUUGAAGAGGGAGAAAAGUUGGUUAGAAGACACGGCAGUCAGGCAAAGUGUGCAGAUCAAUCUUUGUUUCUGAACUUUGCUAUGCAUUCAGUGAGGAUGGAGGCUUGUGAUUGUCCUCCAUCUCAUCAUUCGCCAGAAAGGGAAUCAAACUCAUCUGUUCUGCCUGGGGGAAGUAGUUCACAGUUUGUUGGGAAUAAUGAUAAUGUUGUACAGAAUAAGGAAGUGAGCAAUCAUUCGGACUAUUCAGAGGUCAAGCAAGAUGGUUUGUUUUUGGAAAGUAAAAAGAACAAGAGAAACAAGGGUCGUCAUCCUGUUAAAAAAACAACACAUGUUACCGAGAAGUCGAAAAGUACAGUCCAAGAGUCUGAAAAACAUAAAAGAGUGAGAGAUGAUGGAUUCCUAAGGGUUCUGUUCUGGCAGUUCCAUAAUUUCCGUAUGCUUCUGGGAAGUGACUUGCUUCUGUUCAGUAAUGAAAAGUAUGUUGCUGUGAGCUUGCAUUUGUGGGAUGUAACCCGAAAGGUAAGAUUGACCAGGUACGUUUGGUAGAUUUGAAGUGUUUGAAGCUUCUCAUUGGCUUUCCCAUUUCUUCUCAGGUCACUCCCUUAACUUGGCUCGAAGCUUGGCUUGACAAUAUCAUGGCCAGUGUACCGGAGUUGGCCAUUUGUUAUCACGAAAACGGGGUUGUUCAGGGCUAUGAACUUCUUAAAACAGAUGAAAUCUUUUUACUGAAAGGAAUAUCUGAAGAUGGUGCACCAGCUUUUCAUCCUCAUGUUGUUCAGCAGAAUGGACUUUCUGUACUGAGAUUCCUUCAAGAAAACUGCACGCAGGAUCCUGGCGCUUAUUGGCUUUACAAAAGCGCUGGUGAAGACAUGAUUCAACUUUUUAAUCUUUCUGCCAUUCCUGAUAGUCACUCUUCAGAUGAUUGUAAUGAUGAUUCACGCUCUUUGCCACCUCUACAUAGAGGGAGAAGCGAUUUCUCAUUCUCAUUGGGAACUCUGCUAUAUCGUGUUGCACAUAGACUUUCCCUUUCAUUGGCUCCUGACAGAAGAGCCAAGUGUGCUAGUUUCUUCCGAAAAUGUUUGGAAUUCCUGGACGAGCCAGAUGAUCUGGUUGUACGUGCAUCUGCUCAUGAGGAGUUUGCACGGCUUCUUUUGACUAAUGUCGACGAGAUGGAAUUGAGCUCGGAGUCACUUAUUACUGACUAUGAAGCUACAGUCCCAGUUUUGUCUCAGGACCCCUUUCAUUGUUCUCCUGAGUAUGUUGUGGACGAGGAUAUCUCUGAGCCAGAAGCAACAGAAGAUAUAGGAAGUAUAGAUGAGAAUGUUUCAUUGGAAGAUACAGAGAAGAAAUCGGAGGUGAAUGAACCGGUAGAAGCCCUCCCAUCCAUUGAUUCUGAUGAAACACUUGCAAUCUGUGAGAUUCCGGAACCAAUUGCACGUGUGGUUCAAACUGUUAGUGAUCCCAUCUCCUCUAAGCUAGCUGCUAUACAUCAUGUUUCACAAGCAAUCAAGUCCCUCAGAUGGGUUCGCCAAUUACAACCUUCCGGGGCAGACUUUGCUGAAGGUGACAUUGCUUAUGGUCAGGCUCCUGCUGCUGAAUUUUCUGUCUGUGCAUGUGGUGAUCCAGACUGCAUUGAAGUAUGUGACAUCCGUGAAUGGCUUCCAACAUCUAAAAUAGAUCAUAGAUUGUGGAAACUUGUGCUUCUACUCGGUGAAUCUUACCUGGCUCUUGGGCAAUCUUAUAAGGAGGAUAAACAGUUGCAUCGUGCUCUUAAGAUAGUAGAAUUAGCAUGUUCAAUUUAUGGAUCAAUGCCACAGCAACUGGAAGAUGCACGAUUUCUCUCUUCAAUGGUGAAGUAUUCGUCCCCGCGAAAAUCAGCUGAUCAAAAUGGUAAGACAUUAUCCUGUAUUGGUAACAUAAAGGAAAGCAGAUCUGAUUCUGGUGAUGAUAAGCUUGCUUUUGAGCAAUUGUCUUCGACCUACCUAUUCUGGGCAAAGGCUUGGACACUGGUCGGAGAUGUCUACGUUGAUUUUCAUUUUAUGAAAGGUACAGAGCUCGUAGUUCAAACAGAGAGGAAAAAUUCUCUUGCAGAAUUGAGAAUGUCAGGCGAGGUUGUGAAGGAGGUACAGAGGUUAAAGAAAAAAUUGAGUCAGUAUGUGGAAAAUUGCAGCUCUUGUUCCUUGGUUAACUGUAGCUGCCAGAGCGAUAGGGUCAGCAGUGGCAGCAGUGCUAGUAGCAGCAGUGGAAGUAAGUCUGCUGUACCUUAUGGUAGAAAGCAUGUGAAAAGAUCUGGUGGUAAGAAUGUCAAAUCGACAAUCCUCAGAGACAAGGAGGGUGCUCCUGCUAAUGAAAAACUGGUAAGCAAGAACGUGCCAGAUGGAAGGCAAUCUCAAUCCAGCCAACAUGGUGAAAGCUCAGUGGGAGAUUCUGGUAAGGAUGUCGAUAAGCCAGGGGAGAAUCUCAAUACAUCUCCCGACCAAACUGCCAAAGUGUCCGAAGACAAUCCUAAGAACCAGGAUGGUGGGAUAUUUAAGUACCUUAAGGGAACGAUUAUUGGGGGCACUGAAGAAAAUCUUUCUACAGCUCGAAGUUGCUAUGAAGAGGCUAGAAAGGCUUUGACUGGCCUUUCCUCUAGCUCGCAAGAACUUCAGUCUUUAGUAAAGAAGAUAGGGUGGGUCUGCAAUGAGAUCGGGAGGAAGAGUCUCGAAAGGAAGCAACUGAGAGAGGCUGAACAUGCUUUUGCCGAUGCCAUUAGGGCAUUCAGGGAAGUUUCUGACCACACUAACAUCAUCUUGAUUAAUUGUAACCUUGGCCAUGGCAGACGAGCAUUGGCUGAAGAAAUGGUGAACAAGAUGGAAAAUCUCAGAGUUCAUGCAAUCUUCCAGAAAGCGCACAAGCAAGCUCUUGAAACUGCAAAACUGGAAUAUGGUGAAUCACUCAAGUAUUAUGGGGCAGCAAAAGCCGAGCUGAAUUUUCUGUCAGAUGAAGCUCACUCUUUGCCAGUUGGUCUAGGGGAUGAAGUCUGUACUCAGCUCGCACAUACCUAUCUCAGGCUUGGCAUGCUUCUGGCAAGUGAAGACAUCACCGCUGAAGUAUACGAAGACGUGAGUACGCGUGAGAUUUCAGCCAAUGAUGCCAUUCGAGAAGCGUUGGCUCUGUACGAGUCCCUAGGCGAAAUACGCAAACAAGAGGCUGCAUAUGCCUAUUUUCAGCUUGCCUGCCAUCAAAGGGAUUGCUGCCUGAAGUUUCUUGAGACAGAUCAUAACCCUAAAGGCGAAAAUGGCUCUAUUCUCCAUCGAGUGAAGCAAUACGCUUCUCUGGCAGAGAGGAACUGGCAAAAGUCCAUAGAUUUCUACAGCCCUACGACGCAUCCUGCCAUGUAUCUGACCAUAAUCAUAGAGAGAUCUGCUCUAUCGAUGAGUCUCUCGGAAGCUCUACACUCCCAAACGAUGCUAGAAUCAGCUCUCAACCGUCUACUGGAAGGACGCCAUGUAUCGAUUUCAGACGCUUUCCAAUCUGAUUACCCCGCUCUGCACACCAAGUUCUGGGAUCAGCUACGCGCCGUCUUGAAGAAAAUGCUCGCGACAACAGUAUCCGAGAGUGCAAAGAAGCCUGCUUCAACUGUAGCCAAUGUCCCGGGAUCAUCGAACAGGCACGGCGAUGCUGCUGGAAAGCUGAGAGAGCUCUACAAGAUGUCCCUCAAGUCCGCCGAUUUCAAGAAGUUGCAGUCCAUGCACUCCCUGUGGAUAUCGUGAAAGCGCAGAUGGCCACCGUGUGAUUUUAUACGAGGACGUUCGUAGCUUUGAAUCCUUCGUCAGUCACCUACUGGAUUAUUUACGUAUAACUCUUGGUAAUUACCAGUUAACAGUAAAAGGUUAUGUUUUAAUGAUAAAAUGGUAACAGUACAAGGUUAUGUUUUGAUGAUAAAAAGUAAUGAACAUGAAGCCCAAUCUUCAUUUCAAAAGUUCGGCCCAUUAUGGCCCGCCAUCUCCUCAUUCCAUAACAUUCGAG